CUCAUCAAAUAAUUAAUUGCUAGUAUUAGGCCGGUUCCAUUCUCGUCCACUACUUAAUUUGCACAUUUCCGUUACUCCUUCCUCCGUGUGCUGUUUCUUGUCGUUGUAACCACCAAGGAUUUGGUUACUGGGCUGAAAAUUAAAUUUGGUUGCCGCCCCGUAACCAUGAAUAAUCUCGGUACUCCAUGAGAAAUCAUCUUACCCAGCAAAAAUUUUACCGACGUGACCACGUCCACUACUUUUGAAUUUGGCUGAAUGUUGAUCGAGUUUUGUUUUAAACCACGGUGGUAACCAGAAAUCUCGAUCGGUACCCCAUGAGAUUUUUUUCCUUCAGAAUCCGAAACCUUGGUAACCACUCACUCACGUGUGGCGAGGGCAAAGGUUCCCUUCCUUGACAGCUCCCUGUAUGGACACAUUCUACCGACGGGCCCUCCUCCUCACCUCCAUUUAUUUGUAUUGGUACCAUAUAAUCCACGCAACGCAAUAGGUCGCCACUUCACCAGAACUCUUAUCUUUCCGAUCGAUGUCCCCAACCUGCAGCCGCCUGUUGCUGCUUCUGUGCAUAUCUCUCUCUUGUAUCGCAGCCAUUAAACCUGGCGCGCAAGCACAAGAAGGCUGCUUGCCCGAGCGAUGCGGCAACCUGACCAUCUCUUCUCCGUUCGGGCUCGUCUCGGUGUUGGAGGAGAACAGGUGCGCUCAACUCGGUUUCCAGGUCCACUGCACCAACGGCACCCCGUACCUUUGGUACUAUGAGCCCGGGUUCGGGCUCCAGAUCCUCAACAUGUUCUACAGCAACGGUUCCUUGCUCGUCGCCGAUAUCCACAAGCUAGGAGACUUCGAAAGUUCAGGCUGCCAUGUACCGGUGACAAAUACCUCCUCCAAAAUUGGGCAUCCGUUCUCGAUUAGCAACUUGAAUCAGAACAUCAUCUUCUACAACUGCACCAAGGCGCCGCCGUUGGAGACCGUAAGGCGAGCAGGGCUCGCGGAGACGGUAUGCCGCAACAACACCUUUGUCCGCACAGGAGGGCAUUACAGUGAGAGGGACGGCGGCUAUGCUUUAGAGGGAUGCAAUGCUAUCUUCCUUCCGGUACUGGCAGCAUCCGGUGAGGCGAACGCAAGUGAUUAUGAGGGGCUAAUCAGCAAUGGCUUCCUCCUGACAUGGCGGCAGCCGCCUGCUGGUAGUGGUAUCAAGAGGAUUAGCAAAAGGAUACUAAUACUAAUAGUUUCAUCAGCAGUUUCAGCCUUGCUCUUUCUAUGCGUUUGUGUGAUGAUGAGGCAUCCUAAGGGGAAAAGACCAUGGUCUCGCAGCAAAAGGACUAGCAGCGGCACUGAAAGGAAUUACGAGGCCAUGAUAUUAUCAUAUGGAUCACUAGCCCCCAAAAGGUACACGUACUCACAGGUAAUGAAGAUAACAUCUUCUAGCAAUCAUGAGCUUGGAAAGGGUGGUUAUGGUGUGGUUUUCAAAGGAAGACUACAUGAUGAUCGACUUGUUGCUGUGAAAUUCUUGCAUGACUGCAAAGGAAAUGGGGAUGAUUUUGUGAAUGAGGUUAUGAGCAUUGGGAGAACCUCUCAUGUUAAUAUUGUUAGCUUAUUUGGGUUUUGUUUGGAGGGAUCAAAACGAGCUCUUAUAUAUGAGUACAUGCCCAAUGGUUCCCUGGAUAGGUAUAUUUACUCCGAGAACCCCAAAGAAAUUUUAGGAUGGGAGAGGCUGUAUGCGAUAGCAAUCGGGAUUGCUCGUGGCCUAGAAUACUUGCACCAUAGUUGUAAUACACGGAUCGUUCAUUUUGAUAUCAAGCCACAAAAUAUCCUUCUAGACAAGGAUUUUUGCCCAAAGAUUGCUGAUUUUGGUCUAGCUAAAUUGUGUCAUGCAAAAGAGAGCAAGCUUUCAAUGACUGGUGCUAGAGGAACAAUUGGGUUCAUUGCUCCAGAAGUUCACUCUCGGACAUUUGGUGUUGUUUCAACCAAGUCAGAUGUUUAUAGUUAUGGAAUGAUGUUGUUAGAGAUGGUUGGGGGCAGGAAAAAUGUGAAAUCGGUGGCUGAAAAAUCGAGCGAAGAAUAUUUUCCAGAUUGGAUUUAUGACCACCUUUGUCAAGAUGAUGGACUGCGAGCAUGUGAAGUCAGAAGUGAAAUUGAGGAAAUAGCAAAAAAGAUGACCUUCAUUGGCUUGUGGUGCAUACAAGUAGUACCUAUGUCUCGCCCUACCAUAACCAAAGUUCUAGAAAUGUUUGAAAGAAGCUUGGAUGAACUGGACAUGCCACCUAAGCAAAACUUCCAUGGACCACUUGACGACUCAGCACACAAUAUGAGUGUACAAAGUGCAAGUUAUACCAUUUCUGAAGACAAGAUCCUUGUGAAUUCAAAAAACAUUCAAUUGUUGCCAGCUCUUUGAGAAAGCAACAUGCACUAGAUUCGGCAAAGCAACAAAGUUCAAUGGUGUAUCAUUAAACAUAUUUCACUUAUGUACAAACUUGAUUUAAAGCUGGCUCUACCUGAAACAAACAAACUCGGAUAAAUGUAUUAUCGAAGUUCCGUUAAUCAAAAGCAUUGUUUUUAGUUAGAAGGUUAUUACUUUGUCUGUGGAACAUGUAAAGAUUGACGCAUAAUGAAUUCCCACGCUGGUUACAGCCUGGAAGGACAUGAAAUGUUUGUUGCUGGCGGUGUACAUCUUUACCAAUGAUGAAGACACGGCCAUUGAUAUCUGGGUGAUACAGGACUACCAAGGCGAGGUCUGGGAUUUCGUGCGUCGAGUUGAAUUGCCCGUUGCGGAUAUCAGCCGCCAGUGUCAAUCUUCUUGGCAUGAAGAGGGUGUGAUGGCUGUACCUGGGGACGGCGGUGAGUUACUCCUGCUGGUCAGCUGUAACGGAUGGUUGUUUCAGGUUGAUGUCGAUGGCAAGUUGAUUGCCAGUUUCCAACACAGAGACCUCAAUUCUACUCUAUAUGUGCUCAAGCAAACUCUUGUUCAACAUUCCUUCUUUCCGACACUAGACGGUUAUGUUAUGAAUGCCUUGCCUUUCAUCUGACCUGAUGGUUUAUUGUUGAGUGUGGUGGUGUUUCUUAUCAGCCUAGCUCUCCGUACCUACAUGAGCUGUUGUAUGUAUUAACUAGAUCCCCGGUGUUAUGCUGUGAGCACUUAGCCUUUUAUCUUAGAGGUGUCAAGUGUGGUGGUGUUUCUUACCGGCCUAGCUCUCUGUAUCCACACGAGCUGCAGUAUGUGUUAUCGGCCUAGCUCUUUGUGUAUUCUUGAACUCAAUAUUGGAUUAUAUCCCCUCUUUAUAUGGUGGUUCUCUUUUUA